AUGAUUCGACGUGGGGAAAUGAGACGUCUGCCCCCACCUUCUCCUCAAUAUGGGCGUUCAUCCGAGACUUAUCGUAUUGUUUUCUUUUUCAUCACUCGAACACACAUUACGGCAGAUAUCGCCAUCGGUAUCCGCCUCAACUGUCUCCAAGCCAAUAGACCGUCAACGGUUUCCCUCUGUCUGAUAUCGAGCCGAGACAACGGUUACACGGAAUUCAGGAACCAAACUCUUGCCGUGCGUCGUUCAAUAUUUGGGCGACACCCGACAUCGUCGUCGUCGUCGUCGCAGGGCUCUUCAGGCUGCGAAUCAGCGAAUCAGAAGUGCGAAUGGGAGCACGUUUCUUGCUCUGCUCUGCUCGCAAGCGAAAGUGAUAUUUUAGUCUCGCGGGAGAUCAACUCCCUUGUUGAUCAGGGUGCUAAGCGAAUUGCACGUGCAGCCAACAAGGAGCAAAUGCAGGUCAACCGUCCAGACAUGCGAGACGGCGGCCCACCGCGAUCUCACCAACCAUGGGCCAAUGCCGAAAACAGUAGCAUCACACGUGCCCCCUCUGGCCUGCGAUUCGUCGUCGUCCUCGUCCUCCUUUCCUUCCCUUUGCAAUCCCUUCUCGGUACAGUACCCUGGCCAGAGGGGGCCGGAGGUGAUGGACGGGGGUGGUGACGGCCCAGUCGUGAGGCAGCGCGGGGCUAGACAGACUGAACAUCCCAGAGGCAACCUGGCCACCCGGGAACCAGGAACAAGAAUAAGCGUCCGCGCUGGUCAGGGCUGGUCGGGGCUGGGACAGGACAGUACGGAGGCAACAACGGCUCGAGAAUGAGAAUGGGCGAAUGGUGGCGCCGGCCGCUACUGGCUGGCUGGUGUCAGUGUCAAAAAUGAGCCGAAGUCCCC